AUGAUGAAAAAAUUUAUUAGUAACAAUGUCGCUAUUUUAAUCCUUGUUAUCAUAACAAUAACUGAUGCUGCGCGCAUAUUUUACCUUCCUCUACCAAAAAUACAUCCGUCACAUCAUGAAUUAAAAUCAACACCAACUGUACAAGACUCCGAAACAAAAAUACGUGAAGAAAAAUCAAUUAGUAAUGAAUUUAUACCUUUGUCGGCAAUGGAACGAUAUAUGUAUCAGGAACAAGAUGAAGAAGGAGAUAUUUCCAAUCGGGGUGAUAUAACGGAUACAGAUACAGUAGCUAGACAAUAUAUUGAUGUUAAUGAACUUCCAUCAGAAACUGAAAGAAAUUUGGCAUCAUCGAAUUAUGAAAAUCUAAGCAAUGAUGAAACAAACGGCGAUGCAUCAUGGCUUGCAGAUACUGCUAAUAGUGUAGUAGCACGUUUACAAUCGAGUGAUGUUUUAGAUGACGCUGCACAAAGACAAAAACGUAACGAUACAUUAUUUCUUGCGAUUGUUGGUAGUUGCAGUUUAGUUGGUGUUUUGGGUCUCGUCGCUGCAGCUGUUUUUUGGUACAGAAUUCAAAAACAAGCUGAAGCACUUGAAAAUGAAUAUCCAUCGUAUGGUGUUACAGGACCUGGUACUAGUGGCAGUAAAAUCUCGCCAAGUGCAACGAUAUCUGAUCGAAAAUUAGCUCAAAGUGCUCAAAUGUUUCAUUAUCAACAACAACGACAACAAAUGAUGGCCCAAGAAAAAGCACAUCUCGAUGCCAAACCUGUUCAUUCCGAUGAUUCAGAUGAUGAAACACCUGGUGGUGGAGAUUAUACAGUCUAUGAAUGUCCUGGUCUAGCUCCAACGGGUGAAAUGGAAGUUCGAAAUCCACUUUUUGCUGAAACAGAUUCACCUUUAACACCAACAACAUCUACAUCUCAUCCAGCAACUAACAACCAUUAUCCUCAAUUAUCGACAACACUUCCAUUAUCAUCAUCACCACCACCAGCAGUACAAGAAAAAUCAUCAUCAUAA